AAAACUCACCACAAGCAGGAUUUGCCUCAGUGUCGCUUGGGCUGCGCAAAAUUUUGCCUACAGAACAUUCACUGGGAAAGGACAUGGGUGAGACGGAUCCUGCAAGACAUCUGUAACAUCAUGGUGACUGUGCCUACUGUGACUAAUGUCACGUGAUCAGUCCAUAGUGUCAUGGAAGUUCUACUUCAAGUGUCGUGAAUAAUGUGUAGAUAUUCGUGUUUAAGAGAUUUGUUCAGAAAUCUGGUUCUUGAGGCCAGAAAUCUGAACAAACCGGUCUCUUGCUGGCUACGGGCGAUGAGGAGUGACAACCGUUCUGAGGAGCGUCGUCGCUACAGACCAGAGUAACGACUAAACCAGCUUCAUCAUCCUACUCAUCCUUCUGUCUAUCAUUCUCUGGCGACAGACGCAGUAAACGAUUAGUGUUAUGCGCAGUUCACUGGUGAUGGAGGAGGACGGAAAGCAAGACCGCAGCAGGUCAAGUGGACACUGUCUCUUCUUCCGUUUUAAGGCUGGCAGAGGUGAAAGGUCAGUGAUGGAGAUACACAGACAUCUGGCGACACUCCUGCUCGUUCACAAGAACCGAACGACAUGAAGAGUCCAGCAAGCCUGCAGGCCAGUGAACUGUGGAUACAACAGCUGGAAUCGGUAAAUUACCUGAAAGCCUAACUCGGCAAUAAAUUUUGCAGGAAUGUUGAUUGAACGCGAUGCUCCCAUAUGAUGCUAGUGUGAUGGAUUAUCAGGAAAGUUCCAGAUGGCCUUAGACUAGAGGGGAAGGAGUGGGUAAGUCAAAUGCACAAGGAGGAAGUCGAGGACAGUCGUCAUCCAUCGUCUGUGUUCAUGUUCAUGUGUGUCACCGAAAUACCAACCGGAUAUCGUCUGCUUCAAAUUCUCAAACCACGCAUGCGCAAAUGAAGCGGCGAUGACAGACUUUGGACCUGAAGGAAGACGCAGUGCAGCGGAUGGCGAGAUUCUGAGAUGCUUGGAGUGAUCAGCCCGGAACCUGAUGUCUGAUCGCAAACCUCAGUUUGUGGGAUCAGGAAGAGACCCAACCUCCGGAUCGUGAUUCUGGUUCAACUCCCACAAAAGAAGAGAAAGAACAGUAAUAAACAUCAAAAGAUGGGAUGGUGGAGGGUUGCUGCCCUUGCCAUUGCGACCAGUGUCUGGAUUAUUAAAGCUGACGCUCAGUCAGUGACAGACAACUCUACCACCUCCAGCAACAACAUAGAUAACACCACUGUCACUGGAACUACGGACAGCACCUACCUGACUAGUUCUUCCAACGACGGUAACGUCACAGACCAAGAUGGCUCCUCUAACAGUUCCGAAGGAACCCAGGUGAACACCAGGUGCCGGAUGGAGUACACUACUCUGACACGAGAUAGUCUUUUCUCCAUCCAUGGCUACAUCUUGCCAUAUCACGUAAUGGUUCGCUCCUUUUCAGGCGAGAGGGACGAUGACGACGAUAGCACCAACCGAACCGUGUGCUUCGUGACUCGGAGCGACCUCGAAAGCAAACUCAAUUCUUCCGACGGGCCGCCGAUCAUCGGGAUGUUUCAUUUCGCUUGCAGAUCCUCCAACAUAGAAGUCAUGUUCCUUGAGGACGAGGAAGUCAGCACCAAUACUACUUCUGAACCAAGGGUCGGUGACAGAGUUUCAAGUUCCCAGGGACAUAGGUUCUACUCUCGCUACAUUUCCUAUUUUCAGAUCGAGCGGUGUAGGGUUUCUCUUCGUGGUGCAUGGAUGGUGGCAAGCAUGACGGAUCUCAGAGUCUUUAGCAGCUACGGUGAAAACAGCUUAAACCUUCAGGAACUGCAGCAGGAUACUAAACUUUGCGAUACGUUUCGAAAUGCUGUCGCCUUCAGUGUCAUCAACAACUGGGCCGUGGAAGAUGACUUGCACCUUCUGGCCACCUGCACGGGAAAGCUCGAGAACGUUGUAGAAGUCGUUCUUGCCAACGUUAGUUUAAAAACAUUUCCAGAAAUGCUCCACACUGUGAUGCCCAACCUACGAGCUCUGGAGUUAAGUAACAACCAUCUAUGGGAACCGGUAGAUUUUGAUUGGAUGCCAGGCUUCGCGGAGCUGCCGCGAAAUCUGUCGAGGACCUUCCAGUUCAACAACCUCUACAGCUUCUACGGAGCCAUUGAUAUACAGCCCAACCUAUUUCGUAGGGUGUACAUUUUAAACGGAAACAAUAUAACUAACAUUACACACUUUUAUUUCCGAGGAGAGUUUCAGUACGUCUCCCUCGAACGAAAUGGCAUGACAGAAAUUGGAGAGGAGGUCUUCUAUCGCAUUCCUGACUUGCAGUUUCUGAGUUUGGCUGACAAUGUCCUUGAAAGCCUGCCAGAAAACCUGUUCUCAAGCCUCCGCAAGCUCAAGCGACUAGACUUGCAGGGAAACAGAUUAAAGUAUUUACCAACGAAUUUGUUCAGAAACCUUUUGCAACUCCAGCAGCUGAAUUUGGAAGGAAACAAGUUGGAGAAGCUGCAGGAUGGUUUGUUCUCUAACCUGGAACAUCUGACCUCUGUCCGUCUCAAGGGAAACAACCUUAUGCACGUGUCAGACAAGGCUUUCGAUACUCUUUCUAUUAAACUGUCCUUACUCGACCUGAGUGAGAAUCCUUUGAAGGAAAUCCCACCAAUCAUCUUUCUUCUGCGAGGGUUGGUCAACACAAAUCUGGAGUCUACAGAUAUAGAGAUCCUCGACUUUGUAGAGAUCAUCAACCGGACUUCAACCUACAGGAUAUUGGAAAAUCUGAGAAACCCAACUUCUGGAGAAUAUGUCAACCUUAAAAUAGCUCCUGACUUCCAGAGGGUCGUUUCUCUGAGGAAUAGCAAGCUACGGUCCAUUGUGAUGUAUAACUCGACUGAGGAGACAGUUAACACCUUUACGCUGCUGGCCAAGUACUUCACCUUCCAGACAGAUGGCGCCCACCUGUCAUGUGACUGCAACAUUCUAAAUGUGACUCACCUGGUGACGGAGAUUAGGGAAAAGGGGGCCUUAAGUGGAACGGAGGCGUUGUUCACUGGCUGGACGUGUUCGUGGCCGGACGAGCUGAGACAAAGAACUGUGGCCAGUCUCCGGGACGAGGAGACUUACUGUCCUUUUCGCAAGGAACGAAACCUUACUGAGAUCGAGACAAGAUGUCCGGAUCCGUGUAAUUGCUACGUUCGCACGGGUGUUUCUACUAUCAUCGUUGACUGUCAGCACGCGCGUCUGACGUCACUUCCAGCCUUUGUUCCAGCCCGUACGAGGGAGUUGUGGCUGCAGAACAACACGAUCAAGACGGUGGAAGAACUACCGUACCUCCAGCAGCUGGAGACCCUCAAGUUAAGCGCCAAUAACCUGCAGGACCUGCCAAAGAAGGUCUUAGAUCAACUGACGUCACUGCGAGUGCUGCACGUGGACGACAACUGGCUGACAACCCUUCUCCCUGACCUGGGCGAUUUGCAGCAGCUUCGGAGCGUCCGACUGUCGGGGAAUCCCUUCCGCUGCGACUGCAACACCCGCUGGCUGAAGCGCUGGGUGCUGGACCCGGAGGUAGAGGUGGAGGACUGGAAUGACAUAAAGUGCAGCCUGGACGACGACGAGGGCCAGCUGAUCACGAGAGUUCCGGACGAGAAGUUCGUCUGCAAGAUUGCGCCCAGCCUCACGCAGUUGGCCGUCCCCAUCGCUGUUCCUGUGUCGCUGGCGCUGCUGCUGGUGAUUGUGGCCGUCAUCGCCUUUAUCUGCCGACGUCAGCUAAAGGUGCAGCUGUACAUCUACACCGGUCUUCACACCUUUGACCGUGACCCCUCUGACGACCGAUUUCUGUACGAUGUGACAGUGUGCUGCUCAUUGGGGGAUCAGGACUGGGUGCUGACAAACGUGGUAACGGUUUUGGAGAUGGCUUACAACUACAAAGUCUUCUUCCUUAACCGAGACGCAUUCUUGGGUUACUCCAUCAGCAACAACGUGCGUCACUGCGUGAAAAACAGCCGGCGGUUGGUAGUGAUUCUGUCCAAAGGCUGGGACAGCGAGGAAACGUUGGUCACAGCCGUCCAUCAAGGGUUGGACAAGUGCCGCAAGGACAUGGUCCACUUCUUGACCGUUGUCCUGCACGAGAUCUCACCCAGGGACAUUCAGGACAAGGACUUGCAGCAGUUUGUGAAGAAAGGUCGCUUUUUGACGACUUCUGAAAAUCACUUUCACAAGAAGCUGGCCUACGAAAUGCCUCAUCUUCAGACGGACAAAAUCUUCCUAUGCUGCCGAAAAGUGCGAAAGCUGAGGGUGUUGUCAAGUUUCACGACAUCGUAGCCAUCGCUGAAAACGAACAGAAUGUUAUUCUGGA